GAUUUGGGGGAGGGGUCGACUCGCCAGAAGUCGGCUAUCCCCGUCGGCAGGGAAGGCAUCGCGGCUGUCGUGUGCCGCUCUCCUCCCUCAGGGACCCCGUCCAGGCGGGAUCCCGCCUCCCAGAGCCCAAGGCAGUUGUGGGGAAACCCCUUGCCCUUCCUCGCCGCUUGGCGCUGCCGCCUCGCCCUCCCGACUCCAGCCCGCCGCCCACCAGCCUCCAGGCCAUGCAUCCUCUUCGCAGGCCCAGCCCUCUCCACGCCCGGCUCUGAGAGGAAACUACGGAGGUGGUUCCCGCUCGCAGGCGGGUGGAAAAGCCCAUGGUGAAUGCCUCGGGGUGUCCCCCCAAUUGCUGUGGGAAGUGGGAAGGGAGGAGGAAGUGGACUUCACCACCGGGGAGAACUACAUCGAUUCCUAACUUGGGGGAGGACUUUAGAUGGAAGGGAAGCCAAACGGGGAACCCUGGGCGGUUUCCUGGGAAUCCAUUGGCCAAGGGGAGGGUGACCCUGUCCGCACACAUCGGUUACUAUGACAAUAUAACCACAGCCUCCAGUUGCCAUGGCAGCUGCCUAUCCAAUCCGAUUGUCUUCUUUUCUCUUCCUCUCCGGGCCCCACCUUAUCCCCUCCAAGAGUCUCCCAGCGUGCAUGGGGAGGGGCUGCAGCGAAGAGGAGAGGGGGUCCUUCGAGUCACUCUCUACGCGCGAGGGAAGACAAGCGUUGAGGGACUGCUGGGAGGAACUGUAGGAGGAAGGGGCGGCGUUUCCGGUGGGGAAGAGUGGAGGCGUGCAAAAAGGAAGAGGGAAAUCGGCAGGAGUGAUAAGAAGGGGGAAGACUUUGAGUGUAACUCCCGUUCUUUUGGCCUGGGUGUUCCCGGUGGUGGGGUUGGGAUUGCCCCCUUGCGCGGGAGGAGAAGGGUGGAUUGGCAGGAAGCCUCCAAGCGCCACCAGCCGGUCUCUCAGAAGCCGCACAGGCGCCACACAGCUCGUUGAUCCCAAAAGGGAGCGCUACAGAGAGGCGGAAAUCACUGAGGGGACAGGCGCUGCUGAAAUCUCGCGAGAGGGACCCCCUCCCUCGCCCGGUCGCCGACUUCCUCUGCUUCUCCUCUUUCCCCCGCCCCUCCUCCCUCCCCCUCCCCCCCGGGUCGGAGUGUCCCUGCGCCCCACGGGCCAGAGCAGCAGCGAGAGCAGCUUUCCCCACUCCCUCCCCCUCGCCUCAUUCACCCCCACCCCCCUGCCGAGCGAGGAGGAGCUGGAGGAGAGGAAGAUGGCGGCGGCCGCCAGCACCCGCGGUGCCGCGGGGCCGCUCCGAGGAGCCUGAGAGACCCACGGAGGCUUCGCGGGAAGACGCGGCGGCGGCGGCGGAGGAUGAGCCUGCAGAGCGCGCAGUACCUCCGGAGCAGAACUAAGAAAGGGAGGCCUUAUGGAAAGAUGUUUUUUAAAAAAUUGUUUCAUACCUUGCGGAGGAGGGAGUUGGAUGAGGUGGAAGUCUGAAAUGAGUGGAAAAGUCACUUUAGCUGUUUAGUGACAUGAAAGUAUUGACGUGUGUGGAUCCCUAUAUGUAUAUUGCAAGAGGAUUGCUGGGAGGAGUAAUAACUAUAAAAUGAUAAUGACAAUAAUGGCCAACAUUUUUUGAGGGCUUACUUACCAAGGAACACUCCUAAGUGCUUUACUUCUGUUACCUCAUUUAAUCCUCAAAACACCUCAAUGAGAAUGUCUUAAACCAUUCUACCUUAUGAGAAAUUGGAUGUUCUUGCAGAUAGUCAUUGUGGGAGAAAACGUUUCAUUUAAGUCCCAGAUGAGGACCGAAAACUUGAAAUCAGAGGAGCAUCUGAAAUCAAGUAAUAUUAGCUUAAAGAAUUAAAAGGAAUUCAUGUUGCCAUACCCUCUACCAAGAGAAAACAUUUUAAAAUUCUUGCCUCUCUGUAUGAGCAUUGGCUGUAAACUUCAAUGUUAAUUCAUUGAUGGUUUUUAUAACAAAACCAUAGAACAAUUGAGGCAGGCAGAAGUCCUGAAGGCUGACAUGACAGAUUCUAAGCUGGGUCCAGCUGAAGUCUGGACAUCCAGGCAGGCUCUGCAGGACCUGUACCAGAAAAUGCUAGUUACCGAUUUGGAAUACGCUUUAGACAAGAAAGUAGAACAGGAUCUCUGGAAUCACGCCUUUAAGAAUCAGAUCACAACACUACAAGGCCAGGCAAAGAAUCGAGCAAAUCCGAAUCGGAGUGAAGUUCAGGCAAACCUUUCUCUGUUCCUAGAGGCAGCUAGUGGCUUCUAUACUCAGUUAUUACAAGAACUGUGUACAGUAUUUAAUGUAGAUUUACCAUGCCGUGUGAAGUCUUCCCAAUUGGGAAUUAUCAGCAAUAAACAGACGCAUACCAGCGCCAUAGUGAAGCCACAGUCUAGCUCCUGUUCCUAUAUCUGCCAGCACUGCCUCGUCCACCUUGGAGACAUUGCUCGAUACAGAAACCAGACCAGCCAGGCAGAGUCCUACUAUAGGCAUGCAGCUCAGCUUGUCCCCUCCAAUGGUCAGCCUUAUAAUCAGUUGGCUAUCUUAGCUUCUUCCAAAGGAGACCAUCUGACCACAAUUUUCUACUACUGCAGAAGCAUUGCUGUGAAGUUCCCUUUCCCAGCUGCCUCCACUAAUCUGCAAAAAGCACUUUCUAAAGCACUGGAAAGCCGAGAUGAGGUGAAAACCAAGUGGGGUGUUUCUGACUUCAUCAAGGCCUUUAUUAAAUUCCACGGUCAUGUGUACCUGAGUAAGAGCUUGGAAAAGUUGAGCCCUCUUCGAGAGAAAUUGGAAGAACAGUUUAAGAGGCUGCUAUUCCAAAAAGCUUUCAACUCUCAGCAGUUAGUUCAUGUCACUGUCAUUAACCUGUUUCAACUUCAUCACCUUCGUGACUUUAGCAAUGAAACCGAGCAGCACAGUUAUAGCCAAGAUGAGCAGCUAUGUUGGACACAGUUGCUGGCCCUCUUUAUGUCUUUUCUUGGCAUCCUGUGCAAGUGUCCUCUACAGAAUGAGUCUCAGGAGGAGUCCUACAAUGCCUAUCCUCUUCCAGCAGUCAAGGUCUCCAUGGACUGGCUAAGACUCAGACCCAGGGUCUUUCAGGAGGCAGUGGUGGAUGAAAGACAGUACAUUUGGCCCUGGUUGAUUUCUCUUCUGAAUAGUUUCCAUCCCCAUGAAGAGGACCUCUCAAGUAUUAGUGCGACACCACUUCCAGAGGAGUUUGAAUUACAAGGAUUUUUGGCAUUGAGACCUUCUUUCAGGAACUUGGAUUUUUCCAAAGGUCACCAGGGUAUUACAGGGGACAAAGAAGGCCAGCAACGACGAAUACGACAGCAACGCUUGAUCUCUAUAGGCAAAUGGAUUGCUGAUAAUCAGCCAAGGCUGAUUCAGUGUGAAAAUGAGGUAGGGAAAUUGUUGUUUAUCACAGAAAUCCCAGAAUUAAUACUGGAAGACCCCAGUGAAGCCAAAGAGAACCUCAUUCUGCAAGAAACAUCUGUGAUAGAGUCGCUGGCUGCAGAUGGGAGCCCAGGGCUAAAAUCAGUGCUAUCUACAAGCCGAAAUUUAAGCAACAACUGUGACACAGGAGAGAAGCCAGUGGUUACCUUCAAAGAAAACAUUAAGCCACGAGAAGUGAACAGAGACCAAGGAAGAAGUUUUCCUCCCAAAGAGGUAAAAUCCCAGACAGAACUAAGAAAGACUCCAGUGUCUGAAGCCAGAAAAACACCUGUAACUCAAACCCCAACUCAAGCAAGUAACUCCCAGUUCAUCCCCAUUCAUCACCCUGGAGCCUUCCCUCCUCUUCCCAGCAGGCCAGGGUUUCCGCCCCCAACAUAUGUUAUCCCCCCGCCUGUGGCAUUUUCUAUGGGCUCAGGUUACACCUUCCCAGCUGGUGUUUCUGUCCCAGGAACCUUUCUUCAGCCUACAGCUCACUCUCCAGCAGGAAACCAGGUGCAAGCUGGGAAACAGUCCCACAUUCCUUACAGCCAGCAACGGCCCUCUGGACCAGGGCCAAUGAACCAGGGACCUCAACAAUCACAGCCACCUUCCCAGCAACCCCUUACAUCUUUACCAGCUCAGCCAACAGCACAGUCUACAAGCCAGCUGCAGGUUCAAGCUCUAACUCAGCAACAACAAUCCCCUACAAAAGCUGUGCCGGCUUUGGGGAAAAGCCCGCCUCACCACUCUGGAUUCCAGCAGUAUCAACAGGCAGAUGCCUCCAAACAGCUGUGGAAUCCCCCUCAGGUUCAAGGCCCAUUAGGGAAAAUUAUGCCUGUGAAACAGCCCUACUACCUUCAGACCCAAGACCCCAUAAAACUGUUUGAGCCGUCAUUGCAACCUCCUGUAAUGCAGCAGCAGCCUCUAGAAAAAAAAAUGAAGCCUUUUCCCAUGGAGCCAUAUAACCAUAAUCCCUCAGAAGUCAAGGUCCCAGAAUUCUACUGGGAUUCUUCCUACAGCAUGGCUGAUAACAGAUCUGUAAUGGCACAGCAAGCAAAUAUAGACCGCAGGGGCAAACGGUCACCAGGAGUCUUCCGUCCAGAGCAGGAUCCUGUACCCAGGAUGCCGUUUGAGGACCCCAAGAGCUCCCCUCUGCUUCCUCCGGACCUGUUAAAGAGUCUGGCUGCCUUGGAGGAAGAGGAAGAGCUGAUUUUUUCUAACCCUCCUGAUCUUUACCCGGCUCUGCUGGGGCCUCUCGCCUCUCUUCCUGGACGAAGCCUUUUUAAAUCCUUAUUGGAGAAGCCCUCAGAGCUCAUGUCACAUUCAUCCUCUUUCCUGUCCCUCACCGGAUUCUCUCUCAAUCAGGAAAGAUACCCAAAUAAUAGUAUGUUCAAUGAGGUAUAUGGGAAAAACCUGACAUCCAGCUCCAAAGCAGAACUCAGUCCCUCAAUGGCCCCCCAGGAAACAUCUCUGUAUUCCCUUUUUGAAGGGACUCCGUGGUCUCCAUCACUUCCUGCCAGUUCAGAUCAUUCAACACCAGCCAGCCAGUCUCCUCAUUCCUCUAACCCAAGCAGCCUGCCCAGCUCUCCUCCAACACACAACCAUAAUUCUGUUCCAUUCUCCAAUUUUGGACCCAUUGGGACUCCAGAUAACAGGGAUAGAAGGACUGCAGAUCGGUGGAAAACUGAUAAGCCAGCCAUGGGUGGGUUUGGCAUUGAUUAUCUCUCAGCAACGUCAUCCUCUGAGAGCAGUUGGCAUCAGGCCAGCACUCCGAGUGGCACCUGGACAGGCCAUGGCCCCUCCAUGGAGGAUUCCUCUGCUGUCCUCAUGGAAAGCCUAAAGUCUAUCUGGUCCAGUUCCAUGAUGCAUCCUGGACCUUCUGCUCUGGAGCAGCUGUUAAUGCAGCAGAAGCAGAAACAGCAACGGGGACAAGGCACCAUGAACCCUCCACACUGAGGCCAAAGUGGCAACCUGGGAAUGAAGGCUCCAUAAACCAUGGCAUGUUGGGUUUGCAGGACUGGCCCACACAGUCCCCUGCAGGUGGCAGCCCUCUUUUCUGUUUCUCGCUGUCAAGAGGGUGUAAGUAUUCCACCAGCCCGCUGAGUGUGCACGAAAUGUUCGCAGUGCAACAAAAAGAAAAAUCCAUCAGGAACUCUCCGUCCCCCCGGGGCCUUCCGGAGGGAGAGAGAGAGGAACUGCUGUUUAUCUCACUCAGUUACUUGGUAUCACCGCCUCUCACCUUCUCCAUCGUGCAUGUCCCCAGCCACAUGGGAAGUGAAAGCUGAGAAGGGAAGGCAGAUGGGAGAAGCCAAUGGGAACUUCUCAGUCCUUUUUUCCUCUUUGGGGAAUAAAAUAGGAAUCCAUUAAUGAUUGCUUUGCUGACUGAGAAUGUAGUUUGAAAUUAUUCUUAAACAUCUUUUAUUAUUAUUACUCUCAGUAGUAAAAUAUCACACUGAAUUCUUCCAUACACAGGUGUGCUUCUAGUCAGUGUGUAGCAAGGAAAGCCCCGUUCACUGCUCCUGUGAGAGGUUGGUGGUGACAGGAUGGGGAACCGACCUCUUCAGCCAGUGGAAAUGUUCCAUAAGGGAGAGUUCAAGGCCUGUCAGAAGGCUCUGGUAGGCCUUCCUCUGGCCAGGAGACUCCAGCAGGAAAUGCCCUUCACUCUGUAGGUGCUCGAGCCCCAAUCGAGGAUACAGUGUGGGUGGUGGUGCUGGGCUGGACUAGCAGGUAGACUGCUGUAGGAUUUCAAAUUACGUUUUUGAUUCCUGUACAUUUUACAGUCGCACAGCAAGCAGUCUCACAGAAGGCAGGCUAGUCCAUUCACAGCCUGACACGUUCUAAUAGGUAGAAGCUUUCAGUGUGGUUAUUUUUUCUUUGGUUGGUUUUUGUGCCCCCAUUCUACUUCCCACCCUCCUGCCCCAUCUCCAUCCCUUCUUUUACCCAAUGCUGUAUGCUAGUAAUUGUUUUUAUUCCUAAUGUGUGCAACAUCACAUCUCCCCAAGAAGCAACAGCAUGGGGUCCAGCAGUUGGGGCCCAAAAGACAGUCUGAAGAGGAAGGAAGCAGCAGUAUCUGCGUAGCCCACAGAGGGCCCAGGCCCCUGCCCAGCUGCAGUCUCCCAGCCUCCACUUUCAGAGUGAAAUUCAAGGCAGCACGGACAUGUGCCCAUCACGCACAGAAGAAAACACGACGUCGUCCAUUUUGGAAGAGACGAAAGAAAGGAAAAUAAACUCUUUAUUUGAUAUUUAUUAGGAGGAAAGAGGACUGAAAAUGUUCUUGUGUAGAAACAGAAGGACAGCAUUUCUGUUAGUCAUUUCCUGGAAAAGUAAUAUUUUAAGGGGAAAUUAUGGAAACAAUCUAAUUGUUCAAUUGCUGUGCUAGUGGUAGGGUUUAUUUUCUGGGAGGUCUCUCCUUUGUGUGUCUGUAUGUUUGUGUACACACACGUACCCAUCUGCUGUCCCAGAGGGGAGGGGUUGUGUGUGCGAGUGUAUGGAGUUAGUGUGGAACUUAAGAGCUGGAAGACAGCUGUAGAGCAAAGCACAUCCAGGAGCCCCGGUUGUCACUGGAGUCUGGGCAACCCCAGCAAUGAAAAGGGGUGAGAUAACGCUCAUUGCUCUUCAGAGAGAGUGGUUGGAGCCCCCCCCCCGCCCCCCCCCCCCCCCCCCCCCCGCCCGUAUGCUUACAUUAUUGCUCUUUUAGUUUGACAUGGUGUUUGGGUUUUGUUUUGUUUUUUUGAAAGGUCUGAAAAGGUGAAGCCCCCUACCCAAUGGCAAUAUGAAACCUUUUGUGCUUCUCUUCAGCCCCUUCCCUGUGUCCACCUUUCUCUCCUCUUCCCAAGCCUUUUUCCUACUACCUUUACCCAGUUUGUGUGUUUGAGCUCUGCAUUCAGGCAGCUGCAACAUUCCAGUGUUUGAACUGUCACUGAUUCUUGCGCCCUAGACAAGCUAACCAGGUUUACCAUCUCACUCCCAGUAAUACCCAGCUCCCAUCUAAAGCCCCAUUCUGCAUGAGAAUUUGGUGUUUGGAAUGUUUUCUGACUCUUGGGGCGGGAUUCCUCGCCUUAUCAUCCUCACUGUGGAGUAAUGAGGAGGGGGAGGAGAAUCUUUAUCAGAAACUGGUUUUGUGUAGUAAACUUUCUUUUGUGGUUUUUUGUUUUGUUUUCUGGGUUUUGUUUUUUGUUUUUGUCUGUCUGUGCAAGACCUGCAGCUGCUGAAAAUCAGCUUUGCCUUUAAUUAAACCAUGUUCUCUCCAACCA